CAGAGAUUUGUUUGGUAUGAAAAUAAUUUGUGGUUAUAAUUUUACAACGUUAUUACUGUUUAUACAUGGAUUCAGGUAUUUCAAAAGUUGGAAUGUAUAAGUAUGAAGAUGGAACACGGUAUAUAGGUGAUUGGAAUCCAAGAGGAUUGAAAACUGGUGCUGGAUCUUUACUAUUACCUGAUAAGACGCGGUAUGAUGGAUCGUUUCAGAAUGGCUUAUGUUCUGGAUUAGGAGUUUUUAUUUUCCCAGAUGGUGCAAAGUAUGAAGGAGAAUUUAUGCAAGGUUGGUUUCAUGGGCAUGGAGUGUUUUGGAGAUCCGAUGGUAUGAAGUAUGAGGGUGAAUUCCGGGGAGGUCGAAUAUGGGGAUUAGGUUUAAUAACGUAUACUGAUGGUUCUCAUGGGUUUCCACGAAAUGAAGGAUUUUUUCAAGAUUGCAGACUCGUCCGCCGUCAUAGAUGCCCAGAUAUAGUGCAAAAAGCUCAGAAAAUUUCCAUGAUGGCGCGCUCUCAAGCUAAUUAAUCAAAUUUUAUUCUAUUAAUGUUUUUAGUAGUCUAUCUUUUAGAAACUGUUAAUCUUGAACAACAUUAAUUGACUGAGUGAAUUUUUUCUUUCCUUAGGUAAUUUAUAUGCAUGCUUAUGCAUUUAUUUUUAUGUAAUCCAGACUAUAUGUCUUUGAUACCUCAAUAAAAAUUCGCAGUUUUAGCAUUGUCAACAUGGUCAGUAAUAAACAAGCCUAAGUAUAAA